AUGGUGACACUGGUGGUAGGUGCUGAGUGCUAUGACAUAAUGGCCAUGGUGGGGAAGGGGACCUUUGGACAGGUGAUCCAGGGGCAGUGCAGGAGCACUGGGGAGAUGGUGGCCAUCAAGAUCUUGAAGAACUGUGAUCACGAUGGCCAAAUAGUGAAGAAUGAACUGAGGCUGCUGCAGGCCUUGCGGGAGGGGGACACGAAGGACUCUCAUAUCAUCCAUUUCCUCGAGUCUUUCAGUGACACAGUCUGGACCUACCUGGUCUUUGAGCUGCUGCAGCAAAACCUCUUUGACUUCCAAAAGCAGAACAACUUCUCACCACUGCCUGUCCAGCACAUCCGUACCAUCACAGCACAGGUGCUGGUAGCGCUGGUCAAGCUGAAGGAGCUCUCCAUCAUCCAUGCUGACCUUAAGCCAGAGAACAUCAUGUUGGUAGAUCACCCACGCUAUCCGUUCCGCAUCAAGCUUGUUGACUUUGGCUCGGCYAUCCUCCUCCCUGAGGUCUGCCAUGUCCAGGAGCCCUACAUCCAAACCCGCUUCUACCGGGCWCCAGAGAUCUUGCUGGGGUUGCCCUUCUGUGAGAAGGUGGAUGUUUGGUCUUUGGGAUGCGUGAUGGCCGAGCUUCACUUGGGUUGGCCUCUCUACCCUGGCAAUGAUGAAUAUGACCAGGUAUGCUACAUCUGCUCCACCUUGGGGCUACCCCGGGGUGAGCUGCUCUGCGCUGCCCAGAAGACACGAUCCUUCUUCCAACGUGUGCCACGUUCUGCUGGCACCUGGCAGCUCAAACCACCAGGGAAGCUGAUGGCAAAGCCGAUGGAGAGGAGGGAGCAUAUCUUUUCCUCACUGGAUCAGUUGGCAGUGGUGAAUGUCUGCCCGAUGUCUGAUCCUGAUGAGGAGGAGCUGGCCAAGCGCUGUGAUGUGUACAAGAUGGUGGAGCUGGUCAAGAGGAUGCUCACUUGGGACUCACACGAGCGGAUCACACCCAGUGCUGCCCUUCAGCAUCCCUUCAUCUCCAUGCAGGAGGUGAAGGCCAGCUUUGGGGCCACCCGGUACUACCAGCUCAGCCAGGAAAACCUGAGGGCAUCCUGUAAGGAUUCCAGCUUAGCCGAGAUUUUCCCCAGCACAGAGAAAGGUGCCUUCAUCCCUGCCAGCCAGGGAGGCAUCCAGAAGGCUACUGCUCAGAUGGAUGGGCUCAGCCUGGCUGAGCCGGGUAGGGACACUGGUGACAAGCACCAGCAGGUCACCUGCCAAGCCCCCAGCCCCACUCACUGUAGAAGCCAGUACYAUCAGCAUCACUGGUGUCCACAAACAGAGCCCACUGAUGGUCACUUGACUGUGCUGGGGUCACCCAGCAGAGUGAAGCAGUACAGCCACCACAAUAGCAGCCCAGCCAUUGGUGGCAUCAUGGAACAGAACCUGCCUGAAAGAUGUUACAGCUCAUCCUGUGCCAAGGUGAGCUGUAGGGUCCCAGAGAUUCUGGGACAAAGGGGGCUUGAGGUCCCUUACAUACUUGGGGUCCCUGGUGCCCCAUCUCCCUGGGUGCCUGAGGUCCCCACAAAGGAGCCUGGAGUGCUGCCUUCCCAUCAGCUCUACCAGAAGAACAUUGCCAAGGCAUUACUGCUGGUGAAGAAGUGUCUUUACAUAGGUCACCAGAACAUGAUUGYUGUCAAGAAAAGUCCCAGCACUUGGGUGCUCAUCUGGACCCUGUUUCUGCUCACAUCCCCCACUCCCAACAUCUUUCUCACUGGACUUGGUUUCUAG